AUGGUGAGGGGGCUCGGCCCUCAACGCCGCUACUCGGCGGGCCCUUAUCCCGCCGCAGCCCGUGGCGAUGAGAAUGCGCCGCCGGAUGGAUUCAACGCCGCGCCGUUCACAUGGGGCCCCACGGGGCCCGGCGCCGUCUCCCGGCACCCCUUUCACUCCAGCGCCAUACGGCCGCCAUUGGCGUCGUCCUCGUCCAUGUACAACCGGAAACCCCAGUUGCCAGCGCCGACGCCCAAGAAGGUUUCUGGGGUUAGGACGGCAGGCAACACACCGGCGCGGCUGAGGGUGGCGAGGACUUCCCUUGAGCUGACGAAGAAGCCUUCGUUGAGCUUGGGGGCGAGGUCUGCGGAUGUGCCACCUUUCAGGGUCAAUGAGAGCAUCUCGUUCUGGGAGGGGGAGGUGAACUACAAGAAUUCUUUGUCCAAAUAUGUCCCUGUUACACCUGCAAAUCUAGAAGCCUGUUCUGAUGAAGGUUUCAUGAGGAAUGCAGAAAGUAAGUUAAGCCUGGAGCUGGAAUGGGACAUACUUAAAACCAUUCUCGUGGAAGAAUUGAAACCCCGUGCGAAAGUUGAGGACAGGACAGCUGCUUUAGGCGAUGAGCUGAAAGCAGCAAAUUCUCGUAUCCUUGAAGCUUGCAGGCAGAAAGAAGCCAUACAAGAGGAACUGAAUAACACAAGAGAAACUCUUGAAUCUAAUCUGUUUGAUUUGAUACAAGAAUCAAAUAAGCUGAAGAAGGCUAAUGACAAAAGCCUAGAGCUUCUCCUGGAGAGGGAUAUGGAAAUCCAGAGACUAAACAGUGAGCUUGAGAAAGCAAACUUCAAUAGGAAGUACCAACAAGAUCAUGUAUCUUGCAGUUCUGCUGAGCAAGAAAAGAAUGUCGCUAGGCAGGUUGAGGUUCAAACUGAGCUGAUUGCAUACUUAGCAACAGAGCAGUCAUCAAUCCAGCUGCAGCUAGAAGCCAGUAAGAAUAAUGAGUUGUUGGCCAAACAAAACCUUGGUGAAAUUGAGCUUUUAUUGGAUGAAGCCAUUGAAACGAUUGUGCAGAAGGAGAUUCUUGCACAAAACUAUGCUUCAUUGUUGGAGUCACAACAAGAGCAGUCAAAGAGUUACUAUGAAGGUAGACUUAAAGAACUGGAGAUAAGGAUGCAAGAAAUGAAUUAUCAGGUUGCUGCAUCACUUAUUUCAAGGAAUAAAGAGAUGAGGAAGACACAUGCUGAAGAGAAGAAUGAAAUAUUGAAAAAGAAUGAAGUGCUGGAGAGGUCUAUUGAGGACUUCAAGGAUACUAUGUAUUUAUUGGAAGAGGAAGCUAAGAAAUUCGAAGAAGCAGCACAGCAACAAAGAAGGCAGCGAGAAAAACUAGAAGUGGAGCUGCAUAAUCUCCGACAACAAUCGCUAGUUGCGCGAUCCUCUGGGAAAGCAGAGAGCUCCUUGAAAGAUGGAAUGGCUGAUCUAGCUGACUCAACCAGGGUCCUAAGUUAUAGAAAUAAUGAGCUGCUGUGUUCAGAAGAGAGUCGGAGAAUAUGUCGAAAGGAGGUUUCUGAUAAGGAAUCAGUGGUGGCUGAGCAGUUAGAGGGGGAGAUGUCGCAGCCGCAUUUAUCACAUGAGGAAUACCAGCCAGAGAGCUCACAGUUUGAGCACCGCAGCCCAACUGAGCAGCCUGAGUUUUACAGUAAUGGCGCAGACAGUGAUCAUGCACCCUCAGAGUCUGAGUCAGGGGAGCAAGUGCCACCUCAAGCCUUAAAGCCAAUAAUAGAGGUUGUGGAGGAGAAGGAGUUGCCUCCAGUUGCUCCAGUGCAGGACCGAAAGCCCUUUAACUAUGCUCUGGCUCCUUCUGAUGAGCUUAAGAGGCUCAGAAGUAUUAACCACUAUGAGGGGCAGAGGACAGCGACAGACAGGAGAUUCUGGUCCAUUGAGCAGCAGGACUUGUACACCUCCAUGUAUGAGAAUGCUAAGAUAUUUGAAAUGAAGUGGAUUGACUGGGAGCAUAUUCGUAGCAUAAAUCAGUUUGCUGGUAUCAGGGAGCGAUGUGCCUUUCUGGGGCUUGAGCAGAUCAUGAGUUAUCCCUGUGCUUGGGACGCUGAACUAAUUAGACAAUUUUACUCUACGGUUCAUAUCAGCACGGACAAGAGCUCCAUAACUUGGAUGGCAAAUGGCACAAAGAUCACUACCAACAAGAGAGCAUGGGAGGAAAUGUUUGGCAUUCCUGGCGGUGUUCAUACUGAGAUUCACUCGCAGUUUUGGCUUGAUGAUGAUGACAAAAGGAUCCUGUACACAACUGCAGAUUGCACACCUGGCCAAAUCAGUGGUCUCUCUCCUUUGACAAUCAUAGCCAAAAAGAUUGUCUGGUCGACCAUAUAUCCCAGGUCUGGAAAUAAUAUUGAUGGACAUAACUGGAACCUCUUAUAUCAUAUUGUGAAGCAGCAUCCAUUUGACAUCAUUGCUUUGCUCUUCGGUGAGAUAGAUUUGAUUAUUUCAGGUCGCAAUGGCACUAAGGACCUGCUGUUUUAUGCGCCAUAUAUCAUGGGGAUGAUUAUGAGCGCUUUUGAAUAUGACGGGCCUAGAGAAUCCAGGCACAACUCAUACAAGCCCAGGCCUUCCUAUUCCUACAAGCAAAAACGUAAGAACAGAUUUAGUUGUCCCCCAGCACCUGCAGUAGCUGCACCAUUUGAGCCACUUCAGCCAGAGAUUGUGGUCGAUGUUGAUGCAGACAACCACCACCAGUUCGAUGCAGCUGGACAUCAGCCCCAGGGAGAGGCAGUCCAUGGGCAAGCUGAGCAAACCAUCACACAAACAGAUCUUCAGGUUGUGGAGGACGGACUCAGGCCUAUAAGGCACUCACUAGCCGAUGUUUCAGCUCAGCCAGCCGUUGUGAGGCCAAGUCCGUUUGGGAGAUUUCCUUGGUAUCAAAGGGAGAAGUGA